CGUCGAGUGAAGUGUGAUGUUGAGACCAGGGCUUCUUGAAAGGUUUUCAUCUGUCAGACAGAGCGUACACCCAAAGGUAAACAGCCUCCUUGACCAAGUUAGUUACAUCGAGGGAUAAACGAGACCGUGCUCAGAGUUACGUCGAGGGAUAAACGAGACCGUGCUGGAACGCAUUGAUAGUAGUCCUCCUCAUCCUCUAUCAUGAAGCGUUGGAUGAUGGUGAUGCUUCGAGAAAUUUGCAAAAAGACAGAAAUGCGCAGCUGAGAGAAGAUUGCGUGGCUGUGCAUGAGAGUGAGUGAGUGAUUGAUUGCAUCAGACUUGCUUGAGGCAGAAGAUAAGAGGUAGGAGUAGGUCGAAGAUGAAACGGAAGUGUAGCAGUGGAAUAGACAAAGCAAGAAAGUGAUCCAUCCCCAUGUUCUCUCUAGUGCGACCGGUUCACUGAGGCAACAAGACCGACGGCCGCGACGAGUUUCAUUUUUUGCACAAGAAAUACGACCACCGCAGAGUAAGAGACAUUAUAACACCAGGUGCACCGCAAGGAUCAUGGUCUCAUAGCGACGUCCUUGUUACAACUCAAUGAAACACACCAGAAGGCCCCGACACCACGCGCCUUUUCAAAUGUCCUCUCUACCCAUCUUGAUUUUAUUGUGAUUUUAUUAUGCCCGUCUAAAAAGAGUUGGUGUUGGUCUCUCCAAUGAAUGCCAAUCGUGAAUCACUUACUUAGUCAGUCGUGAUUGUCGUUGAUUCAUGCUACUAAAGAAAUACGCAACACUUGCUAUUUCUUCAAUCAUCGUCUCACUAAAAUAUCAAGUUAAAACAAAAAGUCGUUGACAAGAACAACAACAUGAAUCAUGUGAAAUCUACUAUCCAUUCUGCUUGAUACCAAAAGCAAAACCAUGACCGAGCAGUUACGUUCGAGCGCAGCGCAAGCUAGAGACUGGCUAGUGGGUCCGGAGAGUCGGCAACCGAUGAUGAAUCUAGACCUAGAAUCCGGGACGUCCAACUCCUCGACUUCUUUGCGAGAGAGUCUAAGUACUCUCUCAACCUCAUUACGAGAGCGUGUUAGUGGCGAAGAAGAGAAUGAGGUACUGGAAGCCUGCUGUCCACGGUUUAUGGAGGAAACAUGCAGCUUGUAAUUGUUGUCUCAGGAGGACUACUGUUCUCUAACAAGCAUAACUACGCAUACGUUCUUACAAACCGGGCUUAGAAGUUGUUGUCUCUCCACUGACAAACUUCGAUAAAAACUAGCGCUACAAGCAGGCUACGGACGACAGCUUGUUUUGAUGUCGCAGCAAGCUUCAACAAACCCUUAACCCUUCUAAUUCCCUAAAGCACUUCUUCUAAUUCCCUAAGCUACAAGCAGAGAUUGACAGGUUGGGCUGCAUGCUUUGCGGCUGGCACGUUGUUGUCUUUGGCAGCAAGCAGACAAUUCAAGCGAGAUCCUGGUCAUUUCGCAAGACUCUACACUUUGGGAAAUUUUUAUGAUGAAAUGAUGCAUGGCUUUAUUACCUUUAGCUUGAUUGUAACUACUACUACAAACAUGUACAUGAAAGAUUCUUCAAGUCUUUCGGAAGAAUGAUGCAAGGAGAAACUGAUAUUGUGAAUACUGUUUUCAAUCAUAAAAGACAGGGACACGACUGCAGAGUUCAUUUAUUCUUUCUUGACCCGGUGGUCUCCCCUACAUAUAUUCCUCAUUCCAUGAUCUUCAUAUCCCAGUGUCCCUUUCCGCGAGUUUUUUCCUGAUGGGACCGGCAGCCCAGCUUAAAAGACUUCUAGACCAAACCCGCAGGUGGACGGUUUUAGUUCUGCUCAUUCUCUUCGUAGCGACAAUAAUGAGCAGUGUAUUCAUUGAUCAAGUUAUGAUACAUAUUAGAAAUUCAGUUUCCGGUAAUAUUUUAUUCGAGCAACUCUUCGAAUUCUUUACAAGAUAUAUAGGAGCACUCACUCUCGAGAAUUCUUAUUCACAAAGCAUGAAGGAGAAAUAGUGCUUUAAAAACUCAAUGUUUCGUAGUUCUUCUUCAAUACCCUCUACUAAUACUCGAAUGACCCUAAUCAAAAUUUUGACUUUUCUCUAAUCAAAACAGCGAAGAGCCUACUCUGAAGAAUCGCGUAGUGAUUUUACUCCUCGUUUGUGCGCAGUAUGCGGCGAUGCUCUGGUACACACUGAGUUACAUACCCUAUGGCCGCUCUGUCGUCCGUUCAUGUCUCACGAGAUGUUUCAAAGGAGUAUGCUGUUGACCUCGCAAGAUCUUCAAACAUGACAAUCUGAAUUCGUUUUCCUAACGUCGACUUUACUGACGAUAGACACUCCCAGAGCUAGCGCGGGAAAGCAAAAGCUAUCGCAAGAAACUAGAGGCUUUGCGCUUGCAAGACAACGAUGCCUAUAAUCAAGAGUCUUGUGACAAGUACAGG